AUGAUACAUUCAAGUUAUUUUAAAUUAAAUGAAAUAUCAAAUAUAACGCAAGACUUCAUAAUUUAUACUGCUAAUAUACUUUCAGAACUUGACUUUUCACAAGAUAUUUCAAAUAAUGGAACGGUUGACUAUACGGUUAGCCAAUUAUCAAACUUUUUUCAACGUCGAAAUCUAACUAUACCAGCAAAAAUAGUUGAUCGUUGGAAUGGUUUUGCUCAUGGAAAUACACCUUUAGAUAAAAUUGUUUGUAUACUUUGUGGCUAUGCUAUAUUUAUAUCAAUGUGUACUUGGUACUUGUCAAAGACAAGAAACAAUUAUAGACGUACAGUUGGACGAGCUAUUAGAGAAGGUUUAAAACAACAAGGAAUUGUAUUGAAGGUUGCAUUUUUUAUUGCCAUAGAAUUAGUUAUAUUUCCAAUAAUAUGUGGUAUUUUAUUAGAUCUAUCAACAUUGCCACUUUUCCCUGUUGCAACGCCAACAUCACGACUAGAAUUUUAUUUUGAAUCACCAGUCACCUCAACACUUUUACAUUGGUUCAUAGGAACAGCAUUUAUGUAUUAUUUUGCAGUUUUUGUCACUCUUUGUCGUGAUACUGUAAGACGUGGGGUAUUAUGGUUUAUUAGAGAUCCCAAUGAUCCACAAUUUCAUCCAAUCAAAGAAAUUUUAGAAAGACCGGUAUUAACACAGCUCAGGAAAAUAUGUGCAAGUGGUAUUAUGUAUAGUGCAAUGAUUGUGUUUGGUAUAGGAAGUGUUAUAUAUUUUCUUCGUCAUUGUAUUAGAGGAAUUUUACCACUACAUUGGUCUUUUUCUGAGCCAAUUUCUGAUUUUCCUGUUGAUCUUUUGAUAUUUCAUAUAAUUGUACCUGUUACUAUUGGUUGGGCCAAGCCGAAACGUUUAUUUAUUAGCUUAUUUGAAAAGUGGUGGCGAUUUACUUCACAUCAAUUACGGUUGACAUCAUUUAUGUUUGGUGGACGACAUGAUUCAGAAGAGGGGACAAUUGUGAGAAAGACAUGGCGAGCAAUUUUUUUUAAUUUAAGCCCAAAAAUUCCACCACCAGGAGUUGUUGAAAUUGAAGAUAAUAGCAAUGAUGAUGUUGAAUUUGUAAGAGAUGGUGGAUUUGUUAGAGCACCAAAUUAUGAUGGUGUUCCUGUUGUACCUGGGAAAAGAAUGUUAGUUCCAGUGACAGAGGAUGGAGUGUUACUUGAUUCUAAUGAUGCACUUGUUGGAGAAGAUGACUUACUACAUUACAUGGUUGUUUAUGUUCCACCUAAUUUCAAAGCAAGAAUUAUUUUAUUUUUAUUUCUAAUGUGGUUAUGUGGCUCUUUAUUUGGUUGCUCAGUAACAGUUUUGCCACUCUUAGUAGGUCGAUUCAUUUUUAAAAAUAUUUUUAGGUAUGAGAAAGCAGUUCAUGAUUUAUACACAAUUACAAUUGGAUUAUAUAUUAUAUGGUUUACAGGAGUUUUUAUGGAAAUAUUGUUUAGAAAAGUUAGAAUUUUUUUUGUGGAUAGAGAUAAUAAAAUAAAUUGGGUUUUAGUUAAAGAAAAAAUCUCAGAUACAUUAAUAUCAGCAUUUAAAGUUCUCUAUAUUGUUUUAUCAUUUGGAUUUAUCAUACCAUUCCUUCUUUCAUUUAUAAUUGACCUUUAUAUGAUUUUGCCAUGGAAAAAGAUUACAACCAAUUCACAGACAAUCUCAUUUUUACAGGAUUGGGCAUUAGGGAUUGUUUAUAUGAAGAUAAUAUAUCGAAUCAUUUUUAUGUUACCAGAUAAUGAUUACAGUAGAGCAAUUAAUGUUCUUACAGCACAAGGUCUUAGAAAUAUGGAUCUUGAAUUGGUUACCAGUGUUUUUAUAGCACCUAUUAGUCUUAUUGGGCUAGGAGCCAUAAUUCUUCCAGGAUCAGCUGCUCUAUUCUAUAUUGAAAUAUAUGAAAUAGCCAAUCCAAACACAGUUACAAUGUUGUAUCGAUACGUUUACCCAUUAUUUUUAUCAUUUGUGUUUGGAUAUUAUGCUCAACAGCAUAUAGUUCAACUUAUUAAGAAAUGGGUUGAGACUGUUAAAGACGAAGAAUUUUUAAUAGGUAGAGUAUUACAAAAUUAUGAAGAACAACAAGAACAAGAAAAAAGUGCAGUGGUCUCACAAGUAAUAUAA